AUGGGGAAUUUAUUUUCUCGCAACAAAGAACCAGUAACAAUCGCUGAGGAUGAUCAGUUUUUUGAUUGUCUCAACGAUGCUGAUGAGACCCAUGAACAAAAUACGGAAAAUACUCCACAAAGUGUUCCACAUUACUAUGCAGUGUGGAUUCCAUCCAAUGUCGAAACUACAGAAAAUCAAUUUGUCUUCGAUGAUAUGAAAAGUGCUUUCGUUCUUUGUAAAAAAUAUAGUAAACAUAAUAGCCGAGUGAAAAUAUUUGCAAAUCGUGAUGAUGCAGAGAACUUUAUACAACAAACUCGAACGGAUCCAGCGAGUAAUAUUGAUUUGAAUAUGUCUGUCGAUCAAAUACCCAAGCCAGCAACGAAUGAUGCUGAAAAAUUACCUUAUAGUGAUGUACCAACGUCUGAGUUGACGAAACUCUACAAUUUAGCAGAAAAAGGAAAUGAAAGCGAAUUCGAACGAUUAGUCUGGACAAAUCCUCGUUAUCUGAUAAGUAGUGGUGAUUCACCGACGAUUGUUAAAAUCUCAGUUCGAUACAAUAGUAUGCACGUUGCCGCUUUGGCCGGUCAAUCAGGAAUCAUUCGUUUGUUAAUCCGCACAAUUAAAAACGUUCACUUCAUUCGUCGAUUGUAUGUGAAUGAUACCGAAGGACAAACACAACAACGGAUACAGUUCAUUCUCGACAUGUAUUUGAAUACACCGGAUAAAAUGCAAAACGAAACUCCGCUUCAUCUGGGAUCAAAAUUCGGACACUAUGAUGUUGUCUGCGCACUACUUGACGAACCAAGUUGUAGUCGAGACGCAGUGAACAAAGCCGGUUCAACAGCCUGUGAUAUUAUUUGUACUCGAGCCAAGGACAAAUCCAAAGAAAAGAAAAUUCGACAAUUAUUUGAGUCUACUUAUUAUAUUCCAAUUAACACUCGAAAGGUAACAAUGGAAAAGAUCUUAUCCAAACCAGUGGACGAGAAAACAUUCAAACCUAUUCUGAAUACUAUUCAACAAAAAUCAGCUAACUUGCCAAUUGAAUAUGACAAUGAUGUUAUAUUAAUUGCCUUUGCUGGUCCAACAACUUAUGAAGUGGCGAUGAAAUUCUAUACAUCAGUCAAUUCGUCAACUCGUGGUCAAGCUCGUCGUACACAAAAUCUUCUAUCUUCACCAAAAAGUCCAAUCUACAUUGUUCGUAGCGAUGCCGAAAAAGGCUGGGAACGUGUUGCGCGAAGUUAUGCCUUGGAAACCUACUCGAUCAGCUGGUGUGAAUAUUGGCCAUUUCUUGAUUCAUAUAUCAAUCUUUCUUCCAUCGAUGGUCUUCGAUUAUUAGAAUAUUACCUUCAACAACGAAUCUUACAUUCACAAAUUUCGAAAACGAUUGAUCAAUUAGAGAAGUUUUCCAGUCAAUAUCUAUCCAUUGAAAAGAGUGCAACAUCGAACGAACAUGAUUCGGUGCUCAAUUCGCUAUCGCAAUUGAUUCAGUCGUUUUAUUCGUUGAUCGAUCUAUUCAAUCUCAAUGAUCUAGUGCUAAAUCGAAAUUAUCGUCAUUACUUAGAAAUCAGUGGAUUCGAAAAUCAACCAAAUAAUGAUUUACAAACAAUCAAAACCAAUAUUAUCCAUCAAUUGCAAUGGUUAUCAACUGAGAAGAAGAAUAUUUUACCACUCUUUACUCGUCCUUUGCUGAAUAGUCUAACCAUGGUGUUUACAUUGAUUAUUAGUCCAUCCGGUUGUGCAUUGAUCGACAAAAUUCAGCAGAAUCAAUAUGAAUCGCAUCGCUAUCAACAGAAAGUUCGUCCAGUGUCACGAUUGAGUCUGAUCGGACUUGUUUGUCCAAAACGUCGACAAUCUCGUCGUUCGUGUCAACCAUUCAAACAACAGUUAAUUCGAUCCAAUUCAUGGCCCAACUUAUCUUUCGCAUCUGAAUCGCCGAUUCUACGACGAUGUCAAUCCCAAACUGAGCUUAAUCAAAAUAAUAAUAAUUGCGUCUCAUCAUCAAUUAAUCUAUUAAAUGAAACAACCAGAAAAUCCAUUCAAGAUUUAGCACAACGCUCACUAUCGAUGUCAUGCGCCUCACCAACGUUUUCUUCGCAAACAAGUGUCGAUAUGUUAAAGGAAGAUAAAGCUAAGAUCGAUAAAUGGCAUUAUUUUCUUGCUGGUUCCCAACCAACCAAACUUGAUGCACAUGUUUUACGUGCAAUUGAUCUGAACAAUUCUCUAGACAUAUCCAAUCAACCGGACUAUCGCCUUUGGCCCAAAUGGUAUCAAGCAGUUCAAAUGCGACCUAUCGAAGAACAAAAUCUUUGGACCACACCGAUUCGAAAUUCAUCACCAUCUAGUCGAAAGAAAUACUUGACCUAUUGGUGCCUGUGA